UCCAAGGAAGUCAUAACCCAAUCGUCCCUCAGCCUGCUGAGAUCAGAAAACACGUGGGACCAUGAGAGUCUUGAUUGGAGUCCUGUUGGUAGCCUUCGUGGCUGCAGAGCAGAAACGUUCAGCUGACCCUGGAAUUGGUUAUGGGGGACUUGGAGGACUUGGAGGGAUUGGACUCCUUGGAGGGUUAGGAGGUCUCGGCCAUGGCUUAGGACUCAAUGGAGGAUAUGGUGGUGGGUAUGGUGGUUAUGGUGGUCUCCUGAGCGCUAGUAAUUAUGCUAACGGAUACAGCCACUCCACUGGAUACAACCAUGGAAACUACAUUGGAAACCAAUAUGGAGGUCUGGGUGGGAUCUCACAUGGUCACCUUAACAAACACUUGCUCGGCAAACGAAGUGCUGAUCCCGAGCCAGGAUUAGCACUUGGAGGACUUGGAGGACUGGGAUAUGGGGGCCUAGGACUUGGUGGGUUAGGACUUAACGGCGGAUACGGUGGUGGAUACGGAGGCUAUGGUGGUCUCUUGAGUGCUGGAAACUACGCCAACGGAUACAGCCACUCCACUGGAUACAACCAUGGAAACCACAUUCUAAACGGAUAUGGAGGAGCAGGAGGACUGUCACAUGGUCAUCUUAACAAGCACUUGCUCGGCAAACGAAGCGCUGAUCCCGAACCAGGUUUAGCCCUUGGAGGACUUGGUGGACUAGGCUAUGGAGGAGGGCUUGCUGGACUUGGUGGACUGGGUUAUGGAGGUCUUGGACUUGGAGGGCUUGGAUAUGGAGGCCUUGGAUAUGGUGGACUUGGUUAUGGAGGCCUUGGACUUGGCGGACUUGGAUAUGGAGGCCUUGGGCAUGGUGGACUUGGCUAUGGAGGCCUUGGACUUGGUGGACUUGGAGCUUAUGGUGGCUAAUGUGAUCUCUUGUACGCCAGUAAGUUAUCCACAUGGAUACAGUCGCUUCAAUGAAUGCAUCCAUAUUGGAAAUUCACAUAAAGUAUUGAGUGGACUGUCACAAUGGCACGCUAACUUCGUAGGAAAGUAAAUUGCUACUUUUUAGAUUGCAAAGAAAAUAAAAUUGGUUUUCCAGUAAAAUGCAUCUUUUUGGAACGUGCUGUUAUGAUAAGCCUGCUUUGGAAUGACGGAAAAACGAGUCCAGACUAUUGAGAUAUAUUUUUUUGUAAAUACUUUAAUCUCGUACGGUUCCUAUCCUUGUAAAAUGCAUUUUUUAUAAAAAAAAAUAAAUGUUUUAAUCUAA